AUGUUAUCCACAAGGGAAAAUCGGUGUCACCGCUUCCAGGCCAACAUCUUCAAUAAAAGUAAAUGUCAAAACUGCUUCAAACCCGUGUAUUCACACAAACUCAGCGAGUCAGAUCUGUUUCAGACUGAGCCUGUUCAGGUGGGGUGGCUUCUCCUGGCUCCUGAGGGCACAGACUUCAACAGUGCUGGCCACAGGAGACGGAAAUGGCAAAGAAGGUUUUUUGUGCUUUAUGAGCAUGGGCUUCUACGCUACUCUUUGGAUGAGAUGCCUGGUACGUUGCCCCAGGGAAGUGUGAAUAUGACCCAGUGCUGUGAGGUUCUUGAUGCUUCAGCUCAAUCUGGCUUCCAGAACUGUCUGAGGCUUUGCUUCUAUAACAGAGACUACUACAUCAGAACCGAAAACCCUGACAGCUUCAGUAUCAGUAGGUGGCAAGAAAAUCUGGCUGUUUAUCCCAAAACUGCUAAAUCAAAUCAGAGGAAGAAGAGGAAGGAUCAUUCACAUCCACAGCAGACUGAAGACAAUCAAACCACCAGCACCAGUAGUGCUAAGAGAAGUAGCAGUUUUGCCAGCAGCAGUGGAAGUAGUUUUAACAGCAACAUUGUCAGAAGAGGUAGCUUCAAUUCUAGUAAUAACAGUGGUGGUCGAGUGGCCAGUGCCAAUGCUGACCCAUUACACAAUGCUGGCACCAAUAAAGGUGGUACCAUUAGCAGAAAUGGCAGCUUCAGUGCUAAAGGUAGCAGUGCUACAGGAGGCACCGAUAAAGGCAAAACAAGCAGUGUGGUGAGCUGCACAGUGGAGGGGGUCUUGUCACUUUCAGAUAAGGAGCUGGAGGAGAAGUCACCCAGUGGUGAAGUCGGAGUUCCUUCUAGCAGUUGUAAUGAAACGUCUCUCAUUACCGCGCUUGGUUCUUCUCUCUCUUCAUCACUUGAUCAGCUCCCAAACUACUCCAAUACAGGCGGAACUAAGAAUCGAUUGGGCAUUGAAAGCGGCUAUUCCUCCAUGGAGAAGACAAGUACUCUUGUUGGGGAUGCUCAAACAUACAUUGACUCCAGAUCUCCGGUCACUGAUCAACGGGAGAGUGCAUUUCUUGCUCUGGAUUCUGAGCACCCUCCCUCAACUCUCAGUUCCUCUACUGCACAAAAUGACCACAAAACAACUGUCAGUACAUCUCAGGACUCCUCUAAAGAUGACUUUCCUGGUCUUUCUCGACCCUCUACGUCAUGCAGUCUCCACUCCAAAUCACUGGAAAGUAGAGCUCUUGAUCCCACCCCUACACCUGACCUUUUAAAUUUCAAGAAAGGAUGGAUGUCUAGAUUGGGAGAAGAUGGAAAGUGGCGGAAGCAUUGGUUCGUUCUUACUGACCAGACUUUGCGAUUCUACAGUGACUCUUUAGCAGAAGAGGCAGCUGAUGUGGACGGUGAGAUCAACCUGUCAACUUGCUAUGAUGUUACAGAUUAUCCUGUACAGAGGAACUAUGGCUUUCAGAUUCAUACAAAGGAUGGGGUCUUCACCCUCUGCGCAAUGACUUACGGAAUACGACGAAACUGGAUCCAGUCAAUUAUGAAAAAUGUUCGUCCCAUCGUUGCCCCUGAUGUCACAUGGAAACAUUCCUCUAUAAAAUCCAGUUCGAUUUCUCAAAAGGUGCCAUUGAAUGGUGCACAUGCUCGUGCAGGCUCUUCCCAAUAUAAUGCACUACCCCAGGAAGAGGAGAAAAGGAGCCGCAUCCGAGAGCGCCGUAGAGAGGGACGUUACAAAACCUUUGAUUGGGCAGAAUUAAGUUGUAAACCGCACAAGGAGGUGGAGCCCAAUGACCUCUCAAGAAGGGAAUGGGACCAUAAUUGUGAGCGCUCAGUCCCUCCCGCACCUGCGUCAUCCCCUGAAGAGCUAAUCAUGCAGUCUGCCUCUGAGGUAUCAGAGAAGGAAUACUUUCAGAAGAUGAGACUCUCUCAGGAGCAAAGCCUGAAGAUCACAUCUGCUGAUAUACCAUCACACUUAUCACUUAUUGGAGUGUCCAAUCUUACCUCCCCUGAAUCAAUUAGCCCAGACAGCUUAGAAGUUGAUGCAGGUGCAGCACAAGUUCACUGUGACCGCUCUAGUGAUCUGCAGAAAGCUAAACCCAAAGAAAAAAAACAGGUUGAUCGUGCCACCUCUCCCUUGCCUGUCACUUUCUCUUCAUCCUACUCACAGACAGAAUGGCAGUGGGAGGUUGAACUUCAGAGCCUUCGUAGAGAGCUGAAGGCAGAGCGUGAGAGGAGUCAGACUGAAGAGAGGGAAUUUAAGCUCUGUGUGUCCAAACUCCAAGCUCAGCUUAACAAUAGCCAGGACUGCCUUCGUAAGGCAGAGUUAAGGAUUCAGGAGUCAGAAACUCUUCUGAUGGAGCGUGAUAAGGUGCUGGAGAGUCUGCAUGGAAAGUUGGAGGAGGUAACAAGCCACCUAAAGGCAACAGAAGAGGCGCAAGCUUUGAAGGAGGUCCGGCUGCAGAGGCACUUGCGUCUCCUGCAAGAGAGCCAGGAACGGGAGAGGAGGAGCUUUAGUGACAGCCUUGAGAAUUCAGAGCAGCGUUCGAAGGAACUUGAGGAGGGUCUAAGGCAGAAAGAGGUUGAACUGCACAAGAGGCCAACAGGAGAAAUUACCGAUGAUCUUAUACGGAGGUGCCAGGAGCUACAAAACCAACUGGAGGAGUCUGACAGUGAGGUCAGUUGCUUGCAGGCACGCCUCCAAACAGAGGAGACUCUCUAUUACGACAUGGAGCAUGAUUACGAACAAGCUUGUGAGGAGAUACAAAGUUUGCGAGGUGCUCUACAGGACUGUGAAAGGGUCUGUGAGGAGCGCUUCCAAAUCCAGUUGGUGCAGCAACAACAAGAGCUGGACAGGAAGGAGCGUGAACUGCAGGAAGUUCUCGUUAAGAUGGCUGUCCUGGGCAGCAGUCUUGAGGAUACGGAACAUAGGCUCAAGGAAGCUCAAACCCAUCCUCUAGAAUCUGAUACACUGACCGAGCCACAAAGUCUGUUCAAGGUCUCAAACAUCAGACAGAAAAUUAAAGGCCAGAAUGGUCUGGAAAUGCAGCCCAUUACUCCGGGAGAAGAGUCAGAACGAGUGAUCUCUGUGAUCAAGGCACUAGAGCGCAAGUUGUGUGACACUGAAGUGCGACUCGGGGAGCUUACUGUGCAUCUUCAGCAGCAGCAACAACUUAACACUGGACCACUCGCACUCUGUGAUUGCACACAAGUAGAGGGCCCACUCUUUUUGGAUGAGUUGCACAAUUAUACUGGAGCAUUGCAUAGCCUUCAGAGGCCAAAUUUAGACAGAACCUCUGACAAAGCUGAAGUGUGCCUUUCUGAUAAUGGAGAUAUUGUAAGCCAGUGGUUAGGUGUUGAGAGUCCAGGGAGGUGGCCAGCAUUGGACAUGGCCAGCAGAGUGCUGUCGUUGGAGGCACUGGUCAUCCAAAGGAUGGCCUCUGCACUUGAGCAACCCAGCACAGAGCUGCUUCAUAAACUGUCAGAGCUCCAUGUCCAGGUGCUUAGGAUGGCUCAAGGAGGCAGUCACAAUGGGGCUGUGGAAUCUACCAACUCUCAGAUCUUCUUGUACCCUCUGGAGCAAGAUCAGACAGACAGUGCACUGAGCGAAAGUGAGAUCCAAAGACUGUGUGUGAGAGCAGAAAUAGCAUAUCUUAAACACACUCUUCACACACAUUCCUCACAGGAGCAACAGGCUUCAGAACACUUUUAUGCAUGUCCUUGGCCAGUUUUAGAGAGUUCGUCAUCUAGCACCAGAAAAGAAAAUGGUCCUAAUCAGGGACCAAAGCUUGCUGACAUCAGCCCGCCUGAACUUGCACCCUACAGUGAACAGAUGGAUGAACCUGUAGCCGAUCUCCUCCUCGUGGACUCGAAGAUGCAGCUUGCUUGCAGACAGAAACUAAUCGCAGAGCUCCAUGCUCAGGCCCAGUCACUGCAGGACCUCUCUACACAGCUACAGUCUGAUAGAGGGUCUGACCUGCAUCCUGAACUUCCUGCAUCCAUCCUGAAGGUGGCGAUGUAUCAGGCCACUUUGGCGUACAUGGCGUGCAGACUGCGUUGUGCUCUACAGCAAGAGAUGAGUGCUCUACGCAAGAAGGGAGAGCAGGCAGAGUGUGAGUGCCGAGCCAUGUGCCACAACAUGGAGGUUCUGUUCCAGGAACAGAUGGAGAGCUACGAGGAGAAGCUGCGCGAAGAGCGCAUUGUUAUUGAAAAGGCGGAGCAGGGGCGUGUCUCUGCAGACACCAAUGCCCAAUUGAGGGUUGAAGAAGCAAAAAGUAUGCAGGUAGAAUUUGAAGAGAAGCUACAAGAGCUCCAGAAAAUCCAUGAGGAGGAGAUGAGCCGUCUCCAUGAAUACUAUAUCCAGAACUUGCCAAAAUCAAAAGCUGCAACCACUUCAGAACAAGAGGAGAAUCGAGAGAUGGAGCGGGUUUCUGUGACUGCUCUGCGAGACCGAAUCAGAGAGCUCCAGACUGAGGUCACCUGCUUGAGGGAGGAGUUGAGCAAUCAGGAUGACAAGACAUUCCAUCUAGACCUGGAAAACAUCAAGGCCACGUAUGAGCAUGGUUUCACCAUUAUGGAGGAAAGCCACCAGCGAGUGAUUGAGGAGAUGCAUAGGCAGCAUCAGAGAGAGGUGGAAAGACUGACCGAAGAGAGAGAAAGGGUGCUGCAGGAAGAGACAAACGCCACCAUUGCAGCUAUUGAAGCCAUGAGAAAAGCUCAUAAGGAGGAAAUGGACAAGACUCAGAAAGCCCUGCAAAAUGGAUCCAGUGUGGACAUCCGCCAGCUACGUGCACAGUACAGGGAAGAGCUAGAAUCGUUGCACAGGGAGCUGGAGGUGUUGUCAGAGCAGUAUUCUCAGAAAUGCCUGGAGAAUACUCAGUUAACACAAACCAUAGAGACCGAACGGGAUGCGCUGAGCACUACACAGAGAGAGAACCAGGAGCUUCGCACUCACAACCAGGAGUUAAACGAGUGUUUGGCUGCUGAGUUAUCCCUAAUGCAUUCACGCAUGAAUGGGGAGAUUAAUUCUCAGUUUUCUCAGGAGAAAGACAUUUAUCAACUGGAGGUAAACCUGAGAGUAAAGGAAUCUGAGAUUAAGUGUCUGAAACAGGAGAUCAACUCACUUAAAUUGGAGCUGCAGGCAGCCAAUACGCAUUUUAAAGAGCUACACUCUGAGCUGAAUGCUUUAGGAGUCAAAAGUCAAAGUGACUUCAUAAAAUUGAAGAUGGAGCCAGCCAGAAAGCAGGACUUAAAAUAUGAUUUGAUGAAAUCAAGGAGUAGCCCAGACUUCCUUAAGGAUCGUUCUACACUCUCACAACCUAGUCUUAAGGAUGGGCUCACUGUUCAAGAGAGGAUGAAGCUCUUUGAAUUAACUUGCACGCAUAAGAUUUAAGUGUGUUUCUGUGCGUGCGUGCGUGCGUGCGUGCGUGCGUGCGUGCGUACGUGCGUGCGUGAGAGAGAGAGAGAGAGAGAGAGAUUUCAUUUUAGGGUUUAAUUAUUUAAUUGUAUAUCUUUUUAACACAAUUAUAUUUAUA